AUGGCGGAAGUGGAGGACGCAUUGCUCGAACUCCUGAGCGAAGAUGAUCUCGUCGAAAUUCCCUCGUCGCCCCCCCAUCUAUCCUUUGAUCCACUCCAAAGUUUGCCGAUUCCCAUGCAGCAGAUUCCAGCUCAACCCUUGAUGCUGCGCCCCAGUCGAAGGAGUGACCGCCGUCCAUCGCCUCCCGUCCCGAUGCCCCAACGACAGUCACAGCCGCAGCAAAGGCAGAGCACCGCAUUCAUUGAUCUCACCGAAGAACCAGAUUCGCCCGCCGAAAUACGGCAGUCGCAACCACAGAGUCAAAUAGGGAGGAACCCGAGGCGGACAAACUCACAACGGAUAACGCCGCCUUCUUUGUCGAGAAGUGACAGUAAUUUCAUAGGGCCCGGGGCUAGUGUGAUCGACCUGACGGCAGAUUCACCAGAAGAUGAAGGCGGUCCUGAGCCGAGAGUGACUAGAAGCCAGCGGCACCACCAUCAUCACCAUCACCACCACCUCCUCCACCACCACCAUCGAAGAGCAACGUUUGCACAGGAUCAGUUGAUUGAACUGGAGUUCAUAAAUGCCAACAGCGGUAGUAUUUAUUCCAACCUUUCAAAUAACGUGCGUCGAUUAGCGGGUAUUUUUGCUCGGGGUUUCACGGCAACCCCAAUCGAGUUUCCGCCAACCCUGACUCCCAGAGAUGCCAGUCCCAAACCACCAAUGGAGCCGACUCCGCCAACACGCCAUGGGUUUACGCGAGACACGUCGUUGACAGAUGAGAGGGUGGUGGUAUGCCCGGCGUGUGGUGACGAGCUCGCCUACGACCCGACAGGAGCAGCGCCGCAACAAGGUCCGGCUUCUACGAGCGGCAAGAAGAGAAAACGAGCGCCUGGAGAGCAUCACUUCUGGGCGCUCAAGAAAUGUGGACACGUUUACUGCGCGGAUUGUUUUGAGAAUCGGAAGCCCACCAAAGCCAACCCUCUGGGCGUCGGUUUCCGCGUACCCUUGGGUAAAGCACCCGGCACCCCGCCCAACGACAUCCGAUGCGCCGUGGAGAGUUGCGACUCAAAGGUCUCCCUUAAGACGGAAUGGGUGGGCAUCUAUCUGUGA